GAGUUUAGUUUGUGAUACGUUGUUAUACAGUGCGGUAUUGUGCGCGGUCCUAUUCUAAAACACAAACCGAUAAAUACAAAUUUCAAUUCUGAUAAAAUAAUUGUAAACAGACGGCAAAAAUAUUAAACUAAAGUUUCUAAAUUGCUAAUUUAAAUUCUAAAAUUCCACCAUAAGAAGAAUAAAUCUACAUAUAAUUUGUAAUAGAAAAAAUAUUCUUAAAUAAAAAAAUUACAAAACAAAAAAUAUUAUAAAAAUUAUACAUUAACAAAGUGUCAUAUUAAUUACAAAUUAAUUACAAGAAAAGUGUUUAGAGAAGAAAUAAAUAUUUUAUAACAUAGAAAUAUUAAAAGUGUUACUAAACAAUUGAGUAAAAUAAAAAUAUUAAAUUAAAAAAAAUAUAUAAAAAUAACGCUUUAAAGCGUUCUGAUUAAGUGAAUCCCCGAAGAUAAAUAAACAUUAAAGUAGAAGAAAUAAUAACACAGAAUAUGGCCACUAAUACCGAAAUACUACCCUUCCACCAUCAAACUAGUUUGUCACUACAAACAGCAGCAGCUCUGACCAACUACCAUGGUGGCGGCGGUGGUGGUGGCAGUAGUAUUCAUACAGCAACACAGUUGGCAGCAGCAGCUUGGAGCAUGGAAGACCAUCUUUAUCAACAGACUGAAUUACCCGGCCUCACACGCAGUGCUCAUCAUCUGCUACGUUUUACCCCCUAUGCACUGCAUCAUCGCCCCCAGCUGCAAACUCUACCACCCGCGUUGUAUCUUCAACAUGCAGCUGCUGCAGCAGCUGCGGCGGCAGCGGCAGCAGCACAUGCGCAACAUCAUCAUCACCAUCAUCAUCUGCAACAAAGACCUGCUUCUCCCGACAGUCCCCCACCUGCAGAGGGUCUGCACAUUACUAAUCUAUUUCCCGAAGUUUUGGAGAUGAUUUUUGACAAACUAUCGGUCAAGGAUUUGGGACGUGCAGCUCAAGUGUGUACCACCUGGCGUGAUGUGGCCUAUUCCAAGAGCAUUUGGAAGGGUGUCGAAGCCAAACUACACCUAAAACGUUCCAGCCCUAGUCUAUUCAAUUGUCUAGUUAAACGUGGCAUUAAAAAGGUGCAGAUCUUGUCAUUGAGAAGGUCUCUGAAGGAUUUAGUUCUUGGAGUACCAGCUCUUACCUCCUUAAAUCUCAGUGGUUGCUUUAAUGUGGCCGAUGUCAAUUUGGGUCAUGCAUUCUCCGUGGAUUUGCCCAAUCUCAAAGUACUCGAUCUCUCCCUAUGUAAACAAAUCACCGAUACUAGUCUUGGCCGCAUAGCCCAACAUCUUAAAAACCUAGAGACUCUGGAGUUGGGCGGUUGCUGUAAUAUCACCAACACCGGUCUGCUACUGAUAGCGUGGGGUCUCAAGAAACUGAAAAACCUCAAUUUACGUUCCUGCUGGCAUAUAAGUGAUCAGGGCAUUGGUCAUUUGGCUGGCCUCAACAAAGCCACCGCCGAAGGUAAUCUCGAACUCGAAUAUUUGGGUUUACAAGAUUGCCAACGUCUGAGCGAUGAAGCUUUGGGUCACAUAGCACAAGGUUUAACGUCACUAAAGUCCAUCAAUUUGAGUUUCUGCGUGUCCAUUACCGACAGCGGUUUAAAGCACCUGGCCCGUAUGCCCAAGCUAGAGCAACUCAAUUUACGUUCCUGCGACAACAUAUCCGACAUAGGCAUGGCCUAUCUGACCGAAGGUGGUAGUGGUAUAACCUCACUCGAUGUCAGUUUCUGCGAUAAGAUCAGCGAUCAAGCUUUAACGCAUAUUGCUCAAGGACUCUAUCGCCUGCGUUCGCUCUCUCUCAAUCAAUGCCAAAUUACCGAUCAGGGUAUGCUCAAAAUAGCCAAAGCUUUACCCGAUCUGGAGCAUUUAAAUAUCGGCCAAUGUUCCCGCAUCACCGACAAGGGUCUUCAAACAUUGGCUGAGGAAUUGGCCAACCUUAAGACGAUCGAUUUGUAUGGCUGCACGCAGUUGUCUUCCAAGGGUAUUGAUGUCAUCAUGAAGUUGCCGAAAUUAGUGAAACUUAAUCUCGGCUUAUGGCUCGUAAGAUGAUGUGCUAAAAGGCAAAACCGAAACAAUACACCAAAGCAGAGGCAGGAAGACAAACUACUUCAAGCCAUUGUUAAGGAUAAAUUUCGGCCUAGGAGUGACGAUCGUAAGCAAGAGAUGAAGAACGCCAACAUACAACCAACAAACAAAUCAACAUCAACACCAGAUGCAGAUGCAGCUUCAUCAUCAUCAUCUUCUUCUUUAGCGCCAACGUACCAUAGGGACAACACUAUAGACGAUGCUUUCCUGCAAGCAGAACAUCUUCAAGACAAGAGUCCAGUGUACUCAACACAGUCCUAGAACUACAGAUGGUGGUCGGUCUGUCGGUCGGUCGGCUGGUCAGUCGCUUUUAAGUUGUGCGUAAAAGUAUUAUCCUUUGCCCAGCAACACACAUACAAUUAACAACAACAUCAACUACUACUCCCUUAAGAAAUAAGGAAGAUUUGCAGUGGAUUCAGGAUUUAAUGUGGUAUUUUUUAUAAAAAAUUAACUACAAAAAUUAUGGGCGUAAAUUAUUAUUCUAGCCAAAAAAAAAUAAAUAAAAAAAAAUAUUAAAAAAGUUACAGUCAAAGAAAAAACACACACAUAUAGUUGUAAAACUAAUGCAUUCACAUAUGAAGAAAAAAUAUAUGAUAACAACAACAAAAUCUUACAAUCCGUAUACGAAACAAUACAAGUUUUUAUUUCGUUGUUCGCUUUUUUUCUUUUUUUUUUGAGGGCAUUAGCAUUUUUGUGUUGCUUACGAAACGUACACUAACACACAUAUACACGUACUUUGAUGCACACAGAUACACACGUAUAGAGAGCGCAACUGACUUUCCACAAUCUAGUGAAACAAACCUGACAACUGAAUACAAACAACAAAAACAACAACUCGUACUUGCAUGCGUGCGUGCAACCUUACCUUAUUAUUACAACUUCUACUAUUUGUUGUUAUUAUUGUUGUAUAUUUGCCUUUUUGUUGUUGCUGCUUCGAACGGAAAGCAAACAGACCCUGAAACGAAUGAGUAGAAGCAAAAAAUAAAAAACAACAAAGACAACAGCAACUACAACGACAACAACAACUGCACGAGAAAAAAAGAAAUGUAAUGAAAUAACAACAACUACUACAAAAUACAA